UUAUUUUGGCAAACAGAAGAACGCGUUGACUGUAAACUCCACGAGGGAGGAGUCUUCCGUCGUAGCUUCAGGAUACUUUUCCUGGUUUUUCUUCUCCUGGUUUUUCUUUUCAGUUUCUUUUCCUGGUUUUUCUUCUCCUGGAAACUUAAGCAUCAGCAUUUCCUUACAAAUCUGAUACAAGAUGUCGGCAAUUUAUGACAACUGGGAGAGGUUGGUGGCUGCUGUGCUGCGCCGAGAGCAGCUCUGGCAAAUCUGCCAUGACCAUUCGAGAACCCCAAGCCUCCGAUCAUCGGUAUCCUCAGAUUUCAGUUCAAGUUUCAGCUUAGCUUCUCCACUUUCCAGUGGAUUCUUCUACCGAGAAGAUGGAACUUUUAUGUUCGAUAUGUAUCGACCUCUCCAAAUUUCAGCCAAUAUCAAAGCUAGCGUAAGAAAAGAGAUGGCUAAAGAAGAAUCGGGCCAGCUAGUAAUUUUCAAGGGCUCCCCUUUUGCAUUUGGGCUCGAUGAAUUGUUAAUAGCUCCUUCCGUCGCUCUUGGAGACACAAUAGACUCGUUUGGAAAUGCGUACCUUGUGAGGUUAAGAGAAGAUUUUGUGUUUGUGGUGAAGAGAAUUAGCAGAGAGAAUUGGGCACAUGAUAUGUUCGAGAAGAAGAUAAAGCUUUGUGCCGGUAUCGAGCAUGAGAAUAUAGUUAAGAUGAUGGGAUACUACAUAAAUGAAGAUGAAUGCCUCGAAAUUCUUGAAUACUUUCCUCAAGGAAGCCUGGAAACAAUGUUACAUGGCAAGAAUCGCGUUCACUUAGACUGGGGAACCCGUCUCAGAAUCGCAAUUGGUGCAGCAAAGGGUCUUGCGCAUAUCCACGGACAAAGGAUUGGGAAGGUUGUACAUGGAAACAUAAAGGCUUCAAACAUUUUCCUCGACUCAGAACAAUACGGCUGCAUCUCUGAUAUCAGCGUUGUCACUUUUACAUUUUCGAAGUACUGUGCUCCGGAGACCUCGGCAAAAGAGGAGAUGAUAACCCAGGCCUCUGACGUCUACAGCUUUGGGGUUCUGCUGAUUGAACUUCUAACUGGAAGGUCCCCUUUGCGUUUCAUCGGCAGGCCUCUAACGUUUGCUGAUUGGGCUCUUUAUAAUGCUCGUGACGGAUGGACUUCUUUGGCGUUUGAUAAAAAGCUUCUGAAGAAUCCUGUUGUGAAGCAAGGGAUGUGGGAGAUGCUGGCCGUAGCCUUAUCUUGUGUGGAAAAUAAACCAGAAGACAGACCAACCAUGGAACAAGUAGUGGAUAUGUUGGACAAGAAUGAAUGUAAGUAAUGUAUUUUGUCUGGAAAUUUUCUGAUGUAGGUAUUAGUGUCAGCUGUGGCAAUUAUUUAUUGUAAGGAAGAAAUUUACAGUGAUAUUUACACAUAGAUGUAUAAAAGAGAAGGCUGAAAACUUCAUGGUUUUAUUCAAGUAUUGACAGGAUCAGUGAAGCCGGGCUUUCGGCUAUCAGUAAACCGAAACAUAUCCCAUUAGAAAGCACAUGAUCAGCCCACUUUUGUUUGGCCAACUGAGACUAUUUCUGUAUGCAAUGAUUUUCUCAAUUUUUGGACCAUUGAAAUUGGAUCGAAAUCCCCAACUAAUGUAAACUUUUUCUG